AUGGGAGAUCGUUCGAGAAGCAGAUCGCCGAGACGGAGAUUUGACAGUGAUCGAGACCGGCCUCGCAAGACCGGAGGCGGUGGAUUUCGGUGGAAAGACAAACGACGCGACGAUGAUAGACCCGAUGCAGAGGAUAGCAGGCUGAACCGGGGUUAUCGAGAUAGAGGAGAGCGGGCACGGUCACCCCGGAGGGAAAGAGAUUCCGAUCGUUACAGAGACCGAUACAGAGAUGGCGAUCGCGAGCGAAAACGACCUGAGGAUAAUGAGAAAGAGGAUCGACGAGAAAAGAAGGAGACGAAGGAGAAGAAGGAGAAGAAGGCUGUCGUUACACCGCAAUCCUCAGAGCCCAUGAUUGUUGUGCAUGUCAACGAUCGUCUGGGAACUCGAGCCGCGAUCCCGUGUCUCGCAUCUGACCCUAUCAAACUCUUCAAGGCGCAGGUAGCCGCACGGAUUGGACGUGAACCUCACGAGAUCCUACUCAAACGUCAAGGCGAACGUCCGUUCAAGGAUCAGCUUACACUGGAGGACUAUGGAGUCAGCAACGGAGUUCAGCUUGAUCUGUGA